AUGUCACCGUUGCACAAAUCCUUGCCUAGCCAGCAGAGGACUUCUCCGACAACUCUUGACCCAGACAAAGGCAGCCCCUUGGCUAGCAGCGAGCAUCAGCAUACCGCAGACAGCGGGCCAAUCACUCGAGACAAUCGUGGCCCCGUCACGCUGCUGAAGGCUGAGCUCGGCAUCCAAGCACUCCAAGGGCCAUUACAAGCCAGCCGAACGGUGGUCCUUGAGCAUUCUGCUCUGCAAGAUGCUCGCCGGCCACCCGCCCUUCUUUUGAACCCUUACCUCGCGCAGGCCGCCAGCCCCUUCGCCAUCUAG